CUGUUGCCAUGGCAGCGGGGGCAGUGUCAGCUCCACUCAUCAUUCCCAUCAUCCACCUGGAGACUCACCGAGCCAAGAACCGCAUUGAUACCAGAACACCUGUCUGCAUCCAGUCAGACACUGCAGGUGCACUGAUGUUCUUCACUCUGGACGGGUCGAAGCCAGCGGCGGGCCCACGGGGGCCAGCAGGCAGCAGCAGGAAGUACAGCGAACCCAUCCUCCUACCAGCUGGGCGGGUGGCCGUCAGAGCGGUGGCCGUCACCAGAGAUGGCCGUCAGAGCUCCGUGGUGACCAAGUUCUUCAGCGUGGAUCAGGUGGAGGGUGAAGAUGCCACCCAGCCUCUGCUGGACAGAAGGUCUGGUUCUGCUCAGAACUCUCCGGGUUCUUCACUGAAGCCUCCAGAGCCGAGGAUGAAGGGACGCAGUCCUCCCCUAUCAGGUCCAGGUUUUGUAAACAGUCAACAGGGUCCUGGGUCAGCCACCUGGGCUGCAUCGUCAUGGCGAUCCCAGUCCGCGGGUGGGGGUGAGCGGCUGAGCAGCACGCAGGCGUCCAGAAUCCACCGGGAGACCGACUUCCUGCGGUGUGCUCAGUGUCUCAGUGGCCGUCCUUCAGACCCGUUUGCUCGGUUCUGUGCUCGGUGUGGAGCCGCAGUUCCUCCGUUACCGGGUCAGAAGCUGCCCCCUGCAGAAGCAGGACAGAUGCUGCAGUGUGUUUUCUGUAACUUUGUGGUUCCUGUCAAAUCUGAGACGUGUUUGAUCUGCGAGGAAUCAACCCAACAACAGCUGCAACCUCAAGCUAGAAUCAAACUACAGGAUCACCAGGUGUGUGCUUGCUGUGGAAGUGGGAAUCCAGCUCACAUGUCCACCUGUCUCACUUGUGAGAGCCACCUGCAGCCGCUGACACCUAACAGCGCCCCCUCUGUCCCAGCCGUAGAUGGCAGGACGUUGAUCUGCUCCAAGUGUCGGCGUCAGAACCACAGCGACGCACGAUUCUGUGACUGGUGCGGCUGCAAGCCUUCCCAUGCUACCAGAUGUGUAACAUGUUGGUGUUGUGGCGCGAGCGGACACCCGUACGCGCUCUACUGUGGUUCCUGUGGCGUCUUCCUCAAAGCGCCGGCCCCACCCACAGCCUCCUCAGCUCACCACGAUGCCACGCCGUCGCCCACUCCUGCUCCGAGUCUGAGGGUGACCCCGCCCACCACGGACACUUACACUCAGACCAUAGGCCUCUAUUAUCCAUCAGCCACUGAGCUGCAGAAGAAGGAGCAGCAGAGAGAGCUACAGGCCAGCAGACAGCAGGCGCUCAGAGACCGCCGCCCGCCGCUGACCGCCAUCAGUCCCGGACGAGGUUACUGGAGGAAGCAGCUGGAUCACGUGUGCAGUCACCUGAGAAGUUACGCCCAGAACCACGCUCCCUUCAGGGUUCUGCUGGGAGAGCCUCGUCUGGGCCGAAUGGUUUCUGCCGUGGUUCAGGAGGACCAGUAUGAGGUCAGUCUGACCGUCAGCUUUGUGUCGGCCACACGAGAGCAGCAGGUCGGUGCUGAAGGGAACAGUGGAGGACCUGGACCAGCCGGUGGGGACCAGACUCUGAGCAGCGUCAUGGAACGAUCUGCUGAACGUCUCGGAAGUGGGCGGGGCUCAGGUGUGAAGACAGUCGGACCUGCGGUCAGUGACACUCAGCUGCUGAAGGAGGUGGGUCCAGGAGGAGGUCGGGUCAGCGCUGUCCAGCAGCUUCUGGAUCAGGGGACGGAUCCUUCCUGCUGCGGCAGCGACGGCCGACACGCCCUGGCGGUCGCCGUAGUGAACGGCCACCACGAUGUUCUUCCUGUUCUGGUGCAGCGAGGAGCCGAUGUGGACCAGCGGUCCGGACCGAUGAAGAACACAGCUCUACAUGAAGCUGCAGCUCUGGGAUCUGGAGGUCUACAGAGCGCCCAGGUCCUGCUCAGGUGUAACGCAAGCGUGAGGCAGAGGAACGCCGCUGGGCGGACGGCGUAUGACGUGGCGGUGAACUCUGGCUCCGGCGACAUGGUGGCUCUGCUGGCAGCUCAGGCUGGACUGGGCGGUCCAGACUGA